GCGAUCCCGACUGGAAAUCCGUCACCGGUUCCUGGUUUUCUUUUUGGGAUUCCUGGUCCGGUCGCUUCUUUUCCCCUCUCAGUCGGCGACUUUUAUUUUCUUCAUUCUCUUUUUCCUCAUUCUACAAAAAUGACCAACAGAGGACUUGUGGUUUCUCGAGGCUGACGACGACCACCACCACCACAUUGCGCGCUCAUCCACACGCCAUCGUCCUCCCUCCCUUCGAGUCUAUCAUCUCCAUCUCCAUCUCCAUUUCUGACCCAGUCCAAGACAUAAUCUCAGAUCUAGAUCUCACCACCUCCGGUCCCCGUCGAUCCCCGUCCUUCCGACUCUUCCGCCUUACAUACUUACCUCUAAUUCCCACCUUCGAUUUACCCGACUCCAUCUUCCCCAGCUUUUCACCUCUGAUGGUCCUCCACUUCCAUUUGCGACGACAGCGAUAAUGACCAUCGACAUCCGCGACAUCCUUGCCUGGCCCGGCGGCGACAACUCGACCGACACCGUCCUCCCCGGGGUCCACCUCAACCUCACUGCCCUCGAGAACUGGAACUACACUCUAUACUCCAACGGCACCCUGUCCAACGGUACAAAGUGUUACCUUACCUUUGAACCGUAUGCGCCAGCCCUCAUUUUCCCCAAUGGUACCUUUGUCAAUGCCACACAGUGCUGGCAUCCCGUCUAUCCCAUCGGCGCCCGUGCCGGCACCGGCCUGGGUUUCGCCGUCGCAUUCGGUCUGGGUCUCGUCUUGACUCUGGUCGCCUUGAACAAACAUGGAAAGCUUCACCUGCCCUCGGAGAAACGAUUCCAUCCCAUCGGUCGCAGAUGGCAAUGGUACUGGGCCAUCUGGACUUGCGCCACCGCUUUGAUCAGCCUAUUCACGAACAUCGAUGUUGACCGAUACUAUCUACCUGAGAUUCCUAUUGUGCUUACCUGCUUCUUCUGGUAUUUGAUGCAGAUAGGUGCCAUUGCUUGCACAUGGGAGGCAGUCAGACAUUGGGGCAGUUGGAUGGAAAGACAGUUCAUCGAUCCGGAUCCUUUCCGCCUUCGCCAGGAAGGCCGUCGCUACUGGGUCGAGCUUAUCAUCCCGCUGUUUGCGUAUCUCUUCAUGUGGUUGAACUUCUUCAUCGUGGUUCCUCGCUCCUGGACCAAAAUCGAACACCAGCGCUACCCCGAGCAAAUUAUCACCGACGCCAAGCCGACCGCCACCGAUGACCGCUUCAAGUCCGCCCCCUUCUUCCUCUUUGCCACCUGGCUCAUCACCGUCUUCUCCCUCUGGCACUCCAUCAGACACUAUUGCCCGCGCAAUCGGGGCGUCAUCAACCGCACCAUCGGCUUCUUCAAGUUCACACCCACCCGCUUCAUGCUGAUCAUCCCGCUCGCCUUCAUCAUUCCCUUGUACCAAGCCAUGGCUGCCUGGAACUUUACCUGGAGCCCGCUCAACAUCAAGGGAAAGCCAGAGGCUAUCUACCCCGGAGGAUAUGCGCCCUCGCUGCUUAUCGUCCUCAUCCAAGCAAUCUACGGAUUGACCUCACCAAAUGAAGACCGCGAGCUGAUCCGCCAGCGCCGUGAGCGCGGCCAGAUUCUUGACGCCGAAAUGGGUAUCCAACGUAAGCCAGCAUGGUGGCGCCGCGUCAACGAAGCCCCCGCCCCGAACAUGACCAUGCGCGACAGAAUCAUGCGCAACGUGCGCGAAAUUGGCGGCGGCGGUCCUACUGCUCGGAACCUCAAGGAAUCCAUCCACACCCGCGCUGCCGAAUCCAAACCUCGCCCAACACCGAAUGGUCCAGCCAGUCCCGGCGAUGUCGAGAUGGUUAGCAUCCCCUCGCCUGAGCAUGUCGUGGGGGUUACUGGUCCGAUAGCGCCAGGGGACUUUGCUGUGGCGAGACAGACGGCGACGAGGUAUGCGAAUAUGACGCCUAGCGCGGCGAGUAGGCAGGCGGAGUUGAUGAUGGAUGGGCCGCGGGAAACAGUACCCCCACCACCGCCGUACUCAGAUCGACCACCGGCGGUGGGAGAGACGGGGAGAAAUGACAGUGUGGCGUCAAUGAGUCCGAGUAUUAACUCGCCGCCCGCGCAGAUUAGGAGUAUGCUCGAUGUAUGAGGAUCGUGAAACGAGUUUGGAUAACGAAUGGAUGAGUUAAAAUACAGGUGCAGGAGAGGAAGAUACCAGUUUGCCUUCAUUGUCGAUGUUAUACGGUACAUAUGGGCAUACGAGGCCGCGGAGGCCUUGGGAAAAGAAAAAAAAAAGGUGGUUGGACUGGCCACAGACACGCUUUCCCCUCCAUGCUUCAAAGCAGAGAAGAUGAUGAUAGGAUGUACGAACCUAUCCACGAUCAUUCUUUCUGGAGGGGGGAUACACGAGACAAAGAGUGAACGACCAGGGAACGUUAAAAGGGCUAAGAAGGCCACGACACCGCCGGAUCCGAGUGAAGAUAAUCUCGUCUUCAUUGAAUUUGUUCUUGUACCGAACAUAAUCUUCAUAGUAGUAGUAUUUACUAGUCAUUGUCAUUUAACGACCAAAAUAAUCACCACUUUGCACAAGCAAUCGAC